GUGGGCGCGAUGAGUUGCAUGCUGCGGAGCGACCCCAUGACGCAGUGCGAAAUGUUCCUGUCGCCAGAUGCCGCCUUCACGGUGUUGGCACAACUCGGCGAGAUGGAGUGUGUACAGUUCACUGAUUUGAAUGAGGAACUAAACGCCUUCCAGCGUAAGUACGUGCUAGAAAUAUGCCGCAUCGCCGAAAUUGAACGGAAACUGCGCUACAUCCACGACAAGAUGAUUGAGGAUGAGAUUCGGAUACCAAAACUACAAGGCAAUCCUCCAGCUCUUGAGCUUCAUGAGACCAAUACUUACGAGACCAUCAUCGAAAAGUGGGAAAGAGUUGUUGUGGAUAUGACUACAAGCUUGACAAAUAUGAAUAAAACUUACGGAGAAGUGGCCGAAAUGUUUUACACGUUGACCAGCGUCUCGGUGAUGAUCGGAAAUGCGGACCUGCACACGGCUAACCUCGGAGUAAUCAAGCAUGUCGCUACAGGUGGUAAGCUAAGCACCGCCCACCAUCAUCACGCAGCGGAGGACAGCGGCGCGCGGCUCACCGUGAUCACGGGGCUCGUGCAGCGCAAGCGCUCCUACUGCUUCCAGCUCAUGCUGUGGCGGCUCUCACACGGCUGCGCCUUCUACAAGCAAGCUGACGAUGACCGGAUAUUCAAGGAUCCCAUGAAUAAUUCUGACGUCCGUAAGGUGGCUUUCUUGUUAGUUAUCCAAGGAGAGGAGCUCGCUGCCCGUAUGAAGAAGGUUUGUGAUGGGUUUCGUUGCGAUCUGUACCCGCUGCCACCCACCGCGUCGCAGAGGUUUGAAACCGAUUUGCAACUUAGAGCGAAGAUUGAAGACUUGUCACUGGUUUUGGAAAAAACCAGAUUCCAUCGUUGCAUGGUAAUGCACACGAUGGCCAGGGCUCACCCAACGUAUCUGUUAAGACUCAGAAAAGCUAAAGCAAUAUACCAUACUAUGAAUUUUUUUACCGUUGAUAUCACGAAAAAUUGUAUGAUUGGCCAAUGUUGGAUCCCCACCUCAGAUUUGGGACGAGUACAAGAAGUAUUGGAUACGACUUCGGAGCAAAUGGCAACCUCUGUGCCAUGUUUUAUGUCCAAGGUCUCAACUCACGAAACGCCCCCAACUUUCCAUCGCACCAAUAAGUUCACAUACGGCUUUCAAGCGCUUAUUUCGGCGUAUGGUGAUUCUACUUACAGGGAAUUAAAUCCAGGUCUCUACACAAUAAUAACUUUCCCGUUUCUCUUCUCAUUGAUGUUUGGCGACAUGGGUCACGGGUUGAUCAUGUUUUCGGCUGCUGUAUGGAUGCUUGUCAAUGAAAAAAAGUUCAUGGAAGAGAGGUCGGACAGCGAGAUAUGGAAUAUCUUUUUUGGCGGACGAUACAUAAUGCUGCUGAUGAGCUGUUUCAGCAUGUACUCUGGUUUUGUUUACAAUGACUGUUUCUCAAAAUCCUUAAGACUUUUUACUCCUGGUUGGAGAGUGCCACACACGUACGCCCAAUUAGCUGAACAGGAGUCUUUUCUUUUGGAACCCGGGGACCACACUCACGCUUACGUCUUUGGGCAGGAUCCAUAUUGGGAAUUGGCGUCGAACAAAAUCCUAUUCGAAAACUCACUAAAAAUGAAACUCUCUAUAAUUAUUGGUGUAACCCACAUGAUAUUUGGAAUAACCCUUAGUUUAUUUAACUUUGUGUUCUUUAAAGAUCACAGAUAUUUGAUUGUUUUGCAGUUUAUACCUCAAAUAUUAUUUUUGCUCUGCAUAUUCUUCUGGCUCGUCAUUUUAAUCUUCUUUAAAUGGUUCAAAUAUGGCGGUGCAUCUCCUCCCAGUGUAAAGGAAGGGCAAGGUUGCGCGCCACUGGUGCUGAUCCUGUUUAUCGACAUGGUGCUAAUGUCCAAGUCCCAGCCGGUGGCGCCCGAGUGCGACGCAUACAUGUUCGGCGGGCAGAGGACCGUGCAGCAGUCGCUCCUGUUCGUGGCCGUCAUCUGCGUGCCGAUCAUGCUCUUCGGUCCUCCCUGCUUCGCGGCGCAAGUUGCCAAAAAGAAGAGGAAGCAGUUACUGAAAAAAAUACCUGACGAGGAGUAUGAACCAGAGGGGUACGCGGCUUGGAAGCGUGAAAUGGCGCACGCGUCGGAGUCGUUUAGCGACCUCAUGAUCCACCAGGGCGUGGAGACCAUCGAGUUCGUGCUCAGCACCAUCUCGCACACCGCCUCCUACCUGCGGCUGUGGGCGCUGUCGCUCGCGCACGCACAAUUAUCAGAAAUGCUCUGGAGUAUGAUUUUCUCAAAAAUGGCUCUUUCCGAUCAUACCACAUUUGGAGCAUUUAAAAUAGUCGUCGUGUUUAUAAUUUGGGGGGUGUUUACAAUAAACAUUCUUGUGUUGAUGGAGGGCUUGUCUGCGUUCCUGCACACGCUGCGUUUGCAUUGGGUGGAGUUCAUGAGCAAGUUCUUCAUGGGAACUGGUAUUAUGUUCAAGCCUUUUUCCUUUGAAGCGUUAUUCUCCGAAUCUCUCAAGGAUAAAACGGAAGUGUGUCCUACUCUCAGAACGUUUGAAUAUUAG